CGGAAGACGCACGACGCAUUCCGCACUUUGGCUAUUUUCGUGAUUAAUUUCGGAGAGCGGAUACGUAUUAUAAUAGAACCCAUCAUCCAUUCUGUAACGUGAAUUAUCGUUCUUAACAUUCAAGUCAAUCUUUUUUACCUAUUAGUACUGAAGGCCUAGUUGUUUCCUUCUCAAAUAAGUUCAAGUGCAUUGUUUGUGUAACCCAGUGACCUAAAAAGUUUUUAAAUCUGUAUCAAUGUGAAGUAGAUGUGCUAAAAACUGCCCACAUUAAACCAUAUGCAAACGAAAAGUGCAGUUGGUACAGUUUGAAAUUCACUGGGAGAGGUAACGACAACAGUUUGAGAGUAUUUUUUAGGGUAUUUAUAGAAAUCAACCAAAAUGAGUCAGUCUUGUAUACCAGUGAGCGCAAAGAUGUCGAAGGCAAAGAAAGUUUUAGAUGAGGCCAGGGAAACCCAAAAUCGGGAGUUGGAUUUGGUCGACAAGGGGCUGUCGUCCUUCGAGGAGUUGCCCGGCUUGUUCAACAUGUCCAACAUCACACGACUCACCCUGUCCCACAAUAAGAUCAGUGUGAUUAGUCCCGGAAUUGCCAACCUCCUAAAUCUGGAGAUCCUCAACCUCUCAAAUAACCAGCUGACUGAGUUGCCCGUUUCGCUGUCAUCCAUGCCUAAGCUGCGAAUCCUUAAUGUGUCCAUCAACCGGCUGAUUAAUCUUCCUCGAGGAUUUGGAGCCUUUCCUGUGCUGGAAGUCUUGGAUCUGUCGUACAAUAAUCUGAAUGAACAGGUGCUGCCUGGAAACUUCUUUGGAAUGGAGACACUGCGCGCCCUGUAUCUCGGAGAUAACGACUUCGAGUACAUACCCAAGGAGGUGGGUCAGCUGAAAAAUCUGCAAAUUCUCGGACUUCGCGACAAUGAUCUCCUAGAGCUUCCCCGCGAAGUUGGAGACUUGGUGCGGCUUCGUGAGCUACACAUUCAGAACAACAGGCUUCAGGUUCUGCCGCCAGAAAUUGCCCAGCUGGAUCUCUUGAGCAACAAGUCGGUGAUGAAAAUGGAGGAGAAUCCCUGGGUGAAUCCCAUUGCCGAGCAAUAUCUCCUGGGCAUCAGUCAUGUGAUCGAAUAUCUCAAAACUGAGACCUACAAAAUCAUCUACAACCGACAUUUGCAGGCAGGACGUAGUGGACCGCCGCCUCCCAAGGCCGACAAGAGCAAGAAAGCUUCUCGAAUACGCGCAUAGAUUUCCUCGAUCAGGAGCUCCCAUGAAAUAAUGUGUUCGUCUCGUUCGUUGUUAACCAAAAUGUUUUUGUAUACUAAUUCUUAAGUACUUGUAAACUAAUGUGUAUGUAAAAGUGCCUUGAUCAUAUUUAUCACUAAUUAAAUUCAAAAAUAAAA